CCUGUUUACAAUGCUGGUGUUUGGACCAGCCUGUGGAUUUAUCCUGGGAUCUUUCUGUACCAAAAUCUAUGUGGAUGCUGUCUUCAUUGACACAAGCAAGCUGGAUAUCACCCCUGAUGACCCUCGAUGGAUUGGCGCAUGGUGGGCUGGCUUCUUGCUCUGUGGUGCCUUACUUUUCUUCUCGUCUCUCCCGAUGUUUGGAUUCCCACAGUCCCUGACCCGCCGGCCGGAACACGUGGCAGAGGUAGAGGAAGCCAUGCUGCCCGAAGGGGACUAUGAGAGGCCAAAGCCAAGCAAUGGGAUUCUCCCUCCACACUCCAUGGAAGCCGACGAUGAUCCAUCUUGCUUCCAGCAGCUGAGAGUGAUCCCAAAAGUAACUAAGCACUUACUCUCCAACCCGGUGUUCACCUGCAUUGUUCUUGCGGCUUGCAUGGAAAUUGCAGUGGUGGCGGGUUUCGCAGCCUUUCUUGGCAAAUACCUAGAACAGCAGUUCAAUCUCACAACGUCGUCAGCCAACCAGUUACUGGGCAUGACGGCUAUUCCCUGCGCAUGUUUGGGCAUCUUCCUGGGCGGCCUCUUAGUGAAAAAGCUGAGCCUCUCUGCCCUGGGUGCCAUUCAGAUGGCCAUGUUGGUCAGCCUGGUGUCCACAGCUUGCUACGUUUCUUUCCUUUUCCUGGGCUGCGACACGGGGCCUGUGGCUGGCAUUACUGUUCCCUAUGGAAACAAGUCAACCAUCUCCAGCUUGGCCCCCUAUUCUGCCUGCAAUAGCAACUGUAAAUGUCAAAUGGAUUCCUUCACUCCAGUCUGUGGGGCAGAUGGGAUCACAUACUUAUCUGCCUGUUUUGCUGGUUGCACCAACAUGAAUCUCACCGGUUGCACAUGCCUCACCUUGGCCCCUGCCGAGGAUGCCACGGUCAUUCCUGGGAAGUGCCCCAGCCCUGGAUGCCAAGAAGCCUUCCUGACAUUCCUGUGCGUGAUGUGCGUCUGCAGCAUGAUUGGAGCCAUGGCUCAAACACCCUCCGUCAUCAUCCUCAUCAGAACUGUGAGCCCGGAGCUCAAGUCAUACGCUUUAGGAGUUCUCUUCCUUCUCCUACGAUUGUUAGGCUUUAUCCCACCUCCCCUGAUCUUUGGAGCAGGAAUUGAUUCCACCUGUCUUUUCUGGAGCACCUUCUGUGGUGAACAAGGAGCAUGCGCCCUGUAUGACAAUGUUGUCUAUAGGCACCUGUAUGUGAGCAUCGCUAUUACCCUGAAGUCAUUUGCAUUCCUCCUGUACACCACUACCUGGUGGUGCCUGAGGAAAAACUAUAAGAAAUACAUCAAGAACCAUGAAGGUGGACUCAACACUAGUGAGUUCUUUGCCUCCACUUUGACCCUGGACAACCCAGGACGAGACCCCCUUGGCCAGAAUCCCUCCCAUAGGACAAAAUUUAUCUACAACCUUGAAGACCAUGAGUGGUGUGAAAACAUGGAAUCUGUUUUAUAGUUAUUAGAAAGGUGGAUUGCUAACCCAAAGGUCCUUUUGAAAGAAAGAUGUAUAUGAAAUAUGUAAUAUAAUAUACAAAGAUGUUUCGGAAAGUACAAGCAAAACAGAGUCCUCAGCUAUUUCAAAAUCUAUCAUGACGUUCCAGGAGCUUCACAUGAGGAAGAGGACAUUGGUCCUUUUCUCAAAAGCAGAUGAAACAAGAAGAGGGGAUAAAGGAUAUUUAAAGACAAAUCUGGAGUGAGAAAUGGAGAUGCAAAUUGGAUCAUCGAUGUAUCCAAUGCCUUGGGCGGAGACACAACAGGUGGGCAAAGCUGCCAGUGUUUGGGGACCUGGUAUUUCAUUGGAGAGCAGAGCAGAUGUCUGUCCUUGGGUGUGAAGGCAAACCAAGGAAAAACAAUUCCCAAUAUGGGGGACAGAAUAGAAGUAAGCCACAGCUGUUCCCAAAAAUAAGUGCUAUUUGAAACUUAAGCACCAUUGGAGUAACCUUUGCAAUACACGCUUAAAAGAUGUCAACGAGGGUGCUAUGCAGUCACAGCUUUCUCCUAAUGCUCUCCAUCUCUUUCUCUCUCACAUCCAAGAGGAAGCCCUGUCAGAACUGCUUCACCAGUAUUGUCUCCAGCUGCAGUUCCAAAAGACCAUCCUUGACAGCUGUUGAAAUGGGCGAACCAGUAGACGUGUCUGGUACAAGCCAUGAUGAUAUCAAGUUGACAUCCCGUGCUGAAUAAGAGUUAGAUAGUUGCAUCAGUGGCACGUGUCAUCGUUUGGAUGCCAUUGUGACUUGUACCCAACACUAAUGCAACCACAACAUUACAAUUCUUAAGGCACCAGCACUGCUUUUCUUAACUAUUUUGGGGUCUAGUCCAUUUUGGUAUGGGAAGUGGGAUGGGACAUUGUGUGUGUGUUUGCGUGUGUGUGUGCCGUUGUGAGGGACAGAACACAGGAUGACUCUCACCAGUCUGUAACCUUUUCAACUUUUAGCAGGAUGGAAAUGGUGUAAGGUCCUAAUGACCAACGUUGCCGUUGAAAAUGGGCAGAGGAGGUCUGGCUGAGCCAUCACUGCCUUUUAAACAUCUGUACAUUUUUCGAGUUUUGUGUCAGUCCUGAAAAAAAAAAACAUUUUCAGUACACUUCCAUUGGAAUCAGAAUAUUGUGAUCAAAGAGAGAAAGAGAAGUUUUAAGUCACCCGUUUUGCUCCUGAAAGCUGGUCAUCCUCCCCAAUUAAAAAAAAUGACUGCAAAACAUUCGACUCCCUCCAUUGGAAGCUUCAAAAGGGUUCUGACCCGAGGAAAAAUGAACAAGGUGAUAAAUAUAUGUGCCUUUAAAAAAAAAAGUUUGCUUUACAAGUAAGAGAAGGCAGCCUACCUGCUAAGAAGGGGAUGUAGUGUUUACAUUGUAGUGCUGGAGCAAAAUCUCAUUCCCCUUUCAUUAUCUCAUUGUUUCAUUCAGUUGUGAGUAGCAAAACCGAAAAGCUCUUUGGACAGUUUGGAGUAAAAAGUAAACUUCAGCAUUUCAAGACAUCACGAAACAUACAUUAAUUGUCUCUACCUUAAACGUUUAAAUAGCACUUUCCUUUGGCUAAAACAAGAGAGAAUUUCCUGAGAUGGUUGACUGCCCCCUGCUGUUACAAUCACCCAGAAUGCCCUCUGCGGGGCUCCAGACCAGACAAGGCAUUCUGGGAAAAAGAACAGCAGCUAGCUGGCUGCCUUGGAAUGGGUGCUCUUUCAUGUUGCCAAACAGGGAGCCUGCUUUCCAAAUGCGGAAAAGCAAACUUUUUUAUAUGUCCUAUUGUAUUGAGGCAUGCCUCCCAUAUGAGUUGUGCAUCUGAAAACCACAUUGCAUGCAAAGGAUUGUUGGCACUUUAUAUAGAACAUCACUUCUUCGCCCCCCAUAUCUGUAUUUAGCCAUGAUCAUCAGUGGCAAAUCCCAAUUCUGGGCUAAUCCUCUCAUUCUCUUCCCCCUGCCUUUGUCACACCCUUGCUAAUUCUGAAUAUUUUCUGCUUCUUCCCCCUUGGAUCUGCAGUAAAGGCAUGUUCAGCGUAAAGGAGGAUUCAGAGAUUUAUAGUUUAAUACUGGGGAAGGCAUCAAUCUGAAAGGGCCCAAAUUGGCUUUGUGCCUUUUUUUCCUAUCACUCUUGAUUAAUAUUUUCUCUUCCAUUCUUCGACACUGAAAUUCGUUUUUCUUUUUAAAGGACGCUGAAAAAGAAACAUGAUGAAGUCAGAGAAGGAUUGGCUGAGCUUAUUUUUACAGAUGUUUGAUCUGUUUUUAUUUAUUUUCUUAUGCUGAGUUGGAUUUUUGAGGCUUUGCUGAACGGGGUGUUAGGAGCUAAAUGUAUUUUGGUUUCAACAGUGAUCCUUGAAUUUGACACGCACAGUGACUAUGUCCAAAUGCAGUUCUUCAACCUUGUUCAUCUGUCUUGGCUCAUGCUGACAGAUGACGGUUAAAAAAUCCACAAGGCUCCAUCUGUGGUUUGUUUACCAUUAUAGCCAAACCAGAAUCCUUGGCUGGUGUCUUUUCAAACAAGCCAGUCCCAGCCAAGAAAAAACCACGAUGCAGUCUGCUUGCCAUCAGCAAACCCAACCCAACUUCCAACUACAUUUUCACUGGUUUGGGAGCUACUUAGGGAACCAAUUCUGAUUUCACCAUGGCGCUGAAAGCAGUAAGCUGAAUUUCCCAUAACUAAGUGUAGGAUCUCAAGAAUGGCUCUCAACUCCCAGAAGGGUUCAUAGAUUUUAUUUCUUCUUUUAUUUCACAAAAGCUCCCAUCCUUGUGCUUCCCUACAAACUGCAUUUGAAACAGGAGUCACAAAGUUGGGCCUGCAGUUCUAAGAGAAGAGGUCCAAACUCCACUGUGCACAUCUGUUUGGAUCCCUAGUGACAUCCAUCCAAAAUUUAAGUUCUGUAAGGCAUAUGUUCUUUUUAUGUUCUUCAUCCAGAAAUGCAUCUGUUUCAAAUAGGAUUACACUGUGUCAAAAGCCCAGCUAUUUUUUUUUACAGGCAUUUUAAAAUCACAAACAUCAAGAUGAGCCUUUUGAUCUAUUGGAUGAAUUCAAAGAGCAGUGGGACUCCAAGGUUAGAUUUGCUUGGACGCAAACUUUUAUGCAGCUCUCAGAAUUAUGUAGAGUUAUAUCCUAUAGUAUAACUGCCCAGCGUCACCCUCUAGGGGACAUGGGCGGCAUACAAAUUUAAAUAAAUAAAUAAAUAAAUAAAUAAAUAAAUAAAUAAAAUAAAAAAAAAAAACGUGUGAAUUCAGCCAAAGAGUUGUCAGCUGCUAAAAACAUUCCCAGUUCCCUUCCACUGCUGGCAGUGGAGGUGCUGAAAUAUUUUAGAGAUAGCAAGUUGUGUGUUUUUCCUUGGAACAAAGAAAACUAUUUUCAUUCCUUUUUCAUAAAUGAAAUGAACACUGAAGGUCUUAGGGCUUUUCCAUAGUUAAGGCAUGGAGAGGACAAUGCAUUGUGUGGACCUAGACGUGAGCUCAGGAUUUUGAAUCUUCUCCAAUGGGGUGUAUGCAGAUCCCUUUCAGAUCUCCAUGUCAUGCAAAGGAAGGUAAACUUGGAGCACCCCUAGAGUCUGAAUUACUCUAAGGUAGCUUUGGAUCUUUCUGACCAUACCCCACUGUGCAAAAAGCUUGGCUGAUAUUUUACUCAGAAUCUAAAAAGCACUUUUAACUAUACUUUAGAGCAGUGCUUCUCAACCUCAGCACCUUUAAGAUGGGUGGACUUCAACUCCCAGAAUUCCCCAGUCACCAUGCAUGGCAAACACUGCUUCGUUGUUAGCAUGCAUAGAUUGUACUAAGUCAGAAAGGCUGGAUUAACUUAUGCACUAAAGCAAGGUUUGCUUAAUGAUGAUUCAAUUCCUAGACAGAUCAUGCUAUGGUGAAUCACAGUGUCAGAACUUGGCCAGCAUGGUUGGUUGGUUGGGUGUUAGCUUAGCAUGAUGGGUGAACCCAAUAAAUUAUGGCUUAUUCUACAAAGUAUGUUUAAACAAACCUUGGCUUAAUGUGAUGAUGAGUCCAACCAAUGGGUUCAUACUGAUCUGAAAUGCAUGUUUUCCAAGCUGGAAAAGGGGUGGGUUCUGUAAGGAAGGAGCCAAACCUUCAAGUGAGGGCUAAAGCAAAGAGAAGGUCAACAAA